AUGUUACAUACACAUAUUCUAUUACUAUUGCAUUUUCUAAGCAUUUGCUUGUAUACAAAUGCAUUUAUUCCAUUUCCAGUGGUUGGAGAUGGUGCUCAAACUAGUGAUAGUAUUACACAUACAGAAAUUACCCAAGCUGGUUUUAUUCGUUGUCUAGCUCGUUUCUUUUAUGAUACACGUAUUAAACCAAAUAACAAUAAUGGAAAUACUAUUAACGAAAAAGAAUAUUUUACUAAAGCACAUACUAUUGAUGAUCUUUAUAAACUUGCUUAUCCUGAGUAUAAUCAAGUACAAGUAGAAUUAUAUUCACUUCCAUUAAAAUUUAUUCUUGAUUUUGUUAUGACUGAAAAUGCUCUUGUGGAUUUUGAUUCAAAAACAAAGAAACUUUCAGCAGCACAUUUUGAUAGUGAAGCAUUUAUAAAUGGUAGUCGACGUAUUCUUCGACUUAGACAAAUAGUUGUUAAUGAUACACGUACUACUGGUAAAGAUUUGACUGAUGCUCGUGAAUCACUUGGACGAUUGCUUCAUACAUUACAAGAUUUUUAUUCACAUUCAAAUUGGAUUGAAAUGGGUAAAACUAAUAUUAAUA